AUGUCUAUGUCAGUCGAAGAUGCCACAAAAGUGCGAGAGGGUUUUCCUAAACCCUUUCCCAAUAUUCCCAACAAUGUGGUUGAGCAGCUUCGCUUGAAUGGAAAGGUCCUCGUUGUUAAUGGAGCUGCCGAUGGUCUAGGGUAUGCGGUGGCUGAGGGCUACGCUGAAGCAGGCGGAAACGUUGCACUUUGGUAUAACUCGAAUGACGCUGCCGUUGAAAAGGCUCGACUACUCUCAGAGCAACAUGGCAUCAAGGCAUCCGCUUACAAGGUCGACGUAUCUGACUCACAGCAGAUUCAAGAUGCCCUUAAGGCUGUUCUUGAAGAUUUUGGCAAGAUCGAUGUCUAUGUUGCAAACGCAGGCAUGGCAAUUUCAAAACCCAUCCUUGAGCAAACUCUGGAAGAAUACAAGAAGCAGAUGUCGGUGAAUGUUGACGGAGUUGUAUUCUCUGCCAAAUACGCUGGUGAGAUUUUCAAGCGUCAGGGUUUCGGAAACUUCAUUAUCACCUCCAGCAUGAGUGCCCAUAUCGUCAACGUGCCAACUGAUCAGCCAGUCUAUAACGGGAGCAAGGCCUUUAUAACGCACUUUGGAAAGUCUCUUGCUAGGGAAUGGCGCGAGUUUGCUCGUGUGAAUAUCGUAUCUCCUGGUUUCUUUGAUACAAAGAUGGGUGCGAGCCCUGAGGCGCUUAACGAGGCGUAUCGCAUGGCUGUUCUUGGAAGACAGGGACAUGUUAAGGAGAUCAAGGGUCUUUACUUGUACCUUGCAAGCGAUGCUUCAACUUAUAUGACUGGAAGCGACCUGCUGAUUGAUGGAGGCUACGUGUUGCCUUAA